UUCAAAACACGAAGUCUUAAACAAUGUCAUGUUCACUUCGUUCAAUUCAAAAAACGUAGUUUUAAACUAUUGGGAGUUUCUUUCAUCCCUGAAAUUACUUCAGCAUGACACCUUUUAUCGAUGUGUGCAGUUUAACAGAACAAUUAACUUAAGCUGUUGGUGUGGUUUUUGUCAAGUAUCUCGUGACAUGUGAAUGGUUAUGGUUGUGUAGUGUGUACAGGAUCUUUCUCUUCUUUAUGGCAGCGGGUUACGACGAAAAUGUCCUUGAAAAUCCUUUUUUUAAAUCUUUAAAGGGAAAGUUUUCGCAAAUAUAUGAUGAUGCAUCUUCAAAGCGUUUGACGAUAUGUGUUCCGCGUUAUGGCUCCUUGGCUCGCCAAGUGCCUAACCUUGUUGAUAUUGAAAAUCACAUUCUUACUCCAAUACCAGGAAGUGAGAAAACUUUUCAAACAUUAAAUAAUCGAGAGGUGAUAGUGGAUGGACAUCUUUUGCGGACAUCGUCUGGUUUUCAUGAUGUUAGACAGGUUGAAAUCCUAUUUGAAGAAACAUUUUUUAAUGCUAACAAAGAAAGCUUCAGUAUUUUAUGUAUUGAACGGCCACUGGAAGGAGGAAACAGUUUUACCACAAAUACUCUUGGACCAUUGGAAUCAAUUCAUGAUUGCAUUGAGUUUCUUUGGCCACCUCAUGGUGGGCCAUAUACAUCAAGACGAGAAAUAGAUCAUUUUCUUGACUCCUUUCUUCAAACUUGGAUUGUUGAAUUUUCUCAUUUGGGGUCGUUAAUGUCAAGUGUGAUUUCUCUUUUAAAUCGACUCUUUCCCAUGUUGAUGAAAGAGUCUCGUUUGAGAAAAACAGCAAAAAGUGGAAAUUUUUUAGAGACAACCAAGUUGGCAUUAGAAACAUAUGUUAUGCACAAUUUGCAUGGCAAACUUUUUCCAGCUCUAUGUUCUCUUUCUUCACAGAAGGAUGCUGCAUUCAACAAGGUUGUAAGAAAUCUUGCAGAUAUUCAACUCAAGGACUUAGGAAUCAAACCUUCAUUAAGGAAUAAUAUUCCAGCUGCAAGAAGAACUUUAUCCAGUUUAAAUACUUAUACUACACCUUUGGAAAAAUUUAAUUGUCUUAAAAAGACUAUUGUUGGUGUGACAAUGACGAAGGAAAAGGAUCAAGGAUUUUCCAGUAGAGUUUUUACUGUGACAGCUGAUGAUCUUCUACCUGUGUUGGAGUGUCUCGUCAUUAAAUCAGAUUUACCAAAUUGGAUGGCAAACCUUACUUUUUUACACAACUUUCGAUUCUCCAACAGAACAUAUGAUGAAUUCAGAUUUUACAUGUCUUCAUUUGAAGCAGCUGUGGAGUACAUUAGGAAGUCGUAUCGUCACGACACUCGACUGGAUGUUUCUUUAAAACCUAAAUUCUUGGAAUCAACAGCUUCUAGUUUCCAAGAUAUGUUGUCGAGGCGAAAUUCUAUGGAAGAGAAAUAUGACAUACCAUCACGUGGACCUUCGCCAUUAGAAUUAUUUUUUCAACAUGUGAUGAACUGUCAUGAUUCUGAAGUGAAGAGAAUCUUAAACAAGAGUUCAACACUCGUGAAACUUUGUCAUCCGCUAUGUUCUUGUGAUCAAUGUGAAAGUGUAUUAGAUCGACAUCGUAACGAUCCCGAGGCUGUCACGGUCUUUUCACGUGAUGAUCUUGGAAGAACCGCUCUACAUAUAGCAGCAGAUUACGGUCAUACAAGCACGAUCCAUCUUUUGGUACAGAAAGGUUCCGUUGUCAACACAACAGAUUAUCAUGGAAGUACUCCACUUCAUUUGGCUUGUCAACGUGGACAUCAACAAGCUACAAUGUUGUUGUUGCAUUAUUGUGCCGAUAUCUUGGCUCAAGACAAUGAUGGGAAUGCCUCCAUUCAUCUUUGUUGUUCAAAUGGACAUGAAGAGUGUGCUAAAGCACUUGUUUUCUUUGAUCUUCACAAUAAUGAUCUUGACCUCAACGCCAUCAACAAACAUGGCGACACACCUCUCCAUCUGGCAGCAAGAUGGGGCUUUGAAAAUAUUGUCAAGCUGUUGUUGGAUAACGGAGCAUUUACUGAUGUUGUGAACAAAAAGAAUGAAACACCAAUGAAUUGUGCCAACAAUACUCAGAUAAAGAGAUUGCUGGGUACGGAAGGGUCGACGCAGUACAUUAUUAUAGAAGAAUCCGUUAUUCCAUCAAGAGUCCGUGCGUAUAGCACGUCGUCAGAUAAUGAAAAAUACAAAAGAAUCGAGGCCAACCAGCGUCAGGUGGAAGGAUUUUUGAAAACUGUUAUAGAGGGAGACAUAAGAAUGGUGUACCAUAAACUCGGUCUAGAAGACGAUUGGGACCUGGAGGAGGAAAGUGAUGAAAGUUCAUCAUUGUCGCCCAAAGAUUUUACACCCAAUCUCUGUCAUCCCCUUUGUCAAUGCGAGAAAUGUCGAAAAUAUCAUCAAGAUUUCACCCCUUCACCUUACCGUAAAGUUGAUAUCAACAGUCAGGGUGUAGAUGGAAAGACGGCUCUUCAUUAUGCCUCAUUGUAUGGCUAUGAACACAUCGCUAGUGUCCUUCUAAAGAAUGGCGCCAUGGUUAGCCUGACCGAUUAUAAGAGGAAAUGUAUGCCAUUACAUUUGGCUUGUCAGUACAACCAUCCCAAGAUUGUAACAAUGCUUCUCCAGCAUCAUGCUGACGUCGAUUGUCAAGAUGCGAGACGAAACACGCCAUUACACUAUUGCUGUCAAAAUGGCAACAUUGAACCGGCAGAAAUACUUAUAAAGAACGGAGCAACUUUGAGUAUUGUAAACGAGCGAGGAAAUACCGCACUUCACGAUGCAGCAAGAUGGAGUUCUGUGCAACUUGUUCGUCUCUUGCUUAAGAAUAAAGCUCCUCUCACAGUCAGAAAUUUACAUGGAUUAACACCAUUGCACAUGGCAAAGCACGACGAGAUAGUGAAAAUUCUCAACGAGGGAACCAUAGCAGAAAAGCAAAAUACAAAUCAUAAAAAGGAGUUCGUUUCGCCUCAAACAACGAAACCAAGAAAUGUAGAAAACUUUGAUGUUAUGUCAACAUCAUUGGAUGAACCGGCGAACCUCACUGAUGACACAACUGAUGGUUCUCAAGUCUCAUUUUUUGACUCUUCUUCACCAGAGGUAUUUGUGUCUACGACACAAAGUGAAUCAUCUAUGUCUAGUAUACCAUUUCCAAGAAAACUACCAGAGAUUUUAAAUGGUGACGAUGACGAUAUUCGUCCAAGAUUGUUAGCGAUUGAGAGACUAAAACAUGUCUUGGAUGGGAUUAAAUACUUCGACAGGAAAGCUGGUUUGAGGAGAACCGAAACAAUGGAUCGAAGUAAGCCACUAGUUAGCCCACUAUUGAAACUUCAGUUUUCUAUUGAACAUUUUGAUCCAACAAGACUUACAAAAGUUUCCGAAGUAGAGUUUGAUCAGGUAAAAAAUACAUCAUCUUUCAAAAAAGAAACGAGAAACUUUAUUGAAAAUGGAAAUAAAAUAGACUCUACAUGAAUGAAUGAAAAUUGUUUUAAGUCACUUGAAAGUGUGUAUAUAUUAAGUAUGAAAACCUCAAAAUGAAUGAUGGUAAUGUUUCAGAAUAAUACCAAUCAUGUUAUAUUAAUUUUCUGUCAAUUCAUUUCUGAGGAUUCUAUCUACUUGUAAAUUUUCUCUGUCUGCUAUUUUGUUAUUCAAUAACAAAAAUAGUUCUGUCAGAGGUGAUUUGUAAUGAUUUCAACUAUGUUCUCUCGUUUCCUUAUAUAACAUUAAAUUUGAUGAUAUGUCUGAAA